AGAACGCGUCUCGCCGUUUGAAAGCCUUGAAUUCUGUGAAGGCCCAUCUCCGAACGACCCAAAGUCCUUUGGGCAUCCCCUGAUUCCCCUCACGUGGGAAAACAUAAGAACGAUCUGGUAACACAGUAGGGAGACCAUAAUGGAUCAGCUGUUCGCGACCCUUGCCAUAUCCGGCGCUUCGCUUGUCUCCAAAGCGGCAUUCUCCUACGCCCAAGGCGUGGCCGUCCGCCAAAUCUCCGGGUUUGUGCAGCGCACCACGGCCGAUAAAUCAUCGCUGCAUAAGCAGUUGGUCAGCUUGCAGAAUGUAUUGCAGAUAAAACUGUCUAUUGUUACCCCAGCGAUAGACACCUGUGAAAUUCUUGCUGCGAAAGGGAACACCUCCCUCGAAGGCAUCCUGCACCUGUCAGGAGAGCUGAAGAAGCGUCUGCGCAAACUCGGCGAGCGCGUGCAGAUCGACACCGCAGAUAGCACCAAUGGCGAGCAGGGCGGAGCCGACCAACAAAAGGAGUUUGCCGCGGAAGUUCUGAAAGACGUUGAGGAGGUGCUCAAGACCAUCGACAACCUUGUGCCGUUCCUGCAAUUGGCGCUGCAGAACUCGGGAGCGAGCUUGGGGGGAGGGUUAGGUGGGAGUACGUCGCCAGGCAGGCUGUUGCAGGCGUCGACUGCUGUUGCGCUGGCGAGUGGACGGUUUGUGGCGCAUUCGCAGUUUGGACCCACGCAGCCGCCGGAUCCUGUUCAAGUUGGAAGCCCAUUCCCAGUUCGCGUCUAUUCGCUCUUCCAAUCAUCCGCCCGCGCCAAGGGUCUCUCCGACUUUACAUGGCGUGAAGACUUCGCCAAAGCCACUGUAACAGUACAACGCAUCAGCGCAACCGCCUCAAGGACCAAAACAUCAUGGAUAGCAUACAACCUUGUCAUCACGGAAGAUCUUAACGACGGGCGGUACCACGAAGGCGUCGACGUGUCCAAGUGUAAAAUGACUGAUGUUAUUCCUGGACGCGUCAACAGGAUCUCGGUAACGGAUCUGAAGAAGUUGUAUUACUCCCGGUCGGGCCUUCUCCUCAACAUCGAUGCAAAGUCCCCCGUAUUGGUCGUCAAGCUAGAUUCGGACGCUGUCCCUGUGGUGGGAGCGGGGGACGCAUCUGGUGGGAGUAACACGCCGGUGCGAGCAAAAGAGCGGGCGGGUGCCGAGUACCUUGCCUUGGAGCUCUUCCACGACGACUCGCAUCACAAGCCGGACUCGGACAGCGAUCUCAGCGACAGUGAUGAAGACGCAGAGGAACACACCGACACAGGGUCGCCCACAAAACCAUCAAACCCAAAAUCGGCAAAUGAUGCCACCACCACCACCACCACCACGCCACCCCCAGAACGCGUCCACCUCAGCGUCCUAGAAUACAUCCUCCGUCUCGCCACCCUCGAAGUCUCUGAACAACGAUCUCACCUCGAAGUAUCCGACGAGAAACUCAACCUCUACCUCGCCAACGAGGUGCGAAGGUCGUCGCGCGGGGGAGAUGACGGCGCGGUCGGCGGUAACGGUACAGGUGGCAUGUCAAGUCAACAACCGCCGCGACGACACUCGGGGCAGGAUAGCCCGUUAGCGCGGAAGGCGGGCGGGGGUCGUACGUUGCUUGGAGACACGUUUGUGGAGAGGUUGAGGAAGGCCGGUGGGGAGUCGUCGUAGUAUUAUUCUCAGAUUGGGCAGAUUUAGCUACCCCUUUAACAAGAGAUGUCACUUUCCUGCACACAGUUGCCAAGCAUUAUAUACCCGUGAUCUCUCCCUGUAACCACUGUAACGCAUCCUGAUUCUUCUUCAUCAUCUGGUGUCCCAAAAUAUAUACCCAGGGUCCUCGGUAUCAUUCCUACAUCCAUUGAUAGUGAGGGCUAGGUGCGGUCCCCAUUUACGUUGUGUUUU